AUGCCUGUCAAUUUUCAGACGCCGCCAAUAUUCCACAGUACCCACGCUGUGCAUCCUAAGCUACUCCGUUCUGUUUACACUUCGACUUUUCCGAACUCAGACCCCUGCUGUCCUCUGCAGAGCGUAAUGGAAGUGACAAUUGAGGACUCGUUGGCAAAAUUGAUUACAACUGCGGUCCCAGAAUCUCGGGUGCAGAGCCUACAGGCAACGGCAUCUCCUGGACUACACCGAAUAUAUCGUGCCUUGACACGAGACGGGGCUAUCAUACAAUGCUCGCUGCCGCAGCCACCGAACCGGCGAAUGCUGAGGUGCGAGUACGGCUCUAUACGAUCGGAAGCAACCAUUUUGCAAUGGCUUUCGGGGCUUUGCGAAGAACAGCUAGAAUCAGGCUCGCCCAAACUCACAAUGGUCGAUACUGAGGACAAGAAUGAAGUCAGGAACCGCAUACGCGCGCAGGCCAUCUUGGAGUAUCUGCCAGGGCUUCUAGAUCACGGAAUGGCGGGGACAAUGCACCAACUACAGUACAAUGUCCUCGUACCCCGCCCUGGCAGAGUACUGUCUACCAUCGGAUCUUCGUUGACGGCUGCAGCCCGGAAAUCUGCUGAUUUCCAGAUUGGGCAGAUGCUUCGGAGAAUAUCCUUGCUUCACUCUCCCACUUCCUGUUUCGGAAAUGCUGAGGCUGUUCUACCUCCAGUGCCUCAGAGAUCAACUCCAGAGCAACGUCGAGCCUCGGUCCUGGGGUCGCGCGAAACUUUUACCAGUUGGUCCGAUGCAUUCGGGGAGAUGCUCCACAGUGCCAUACAGGACGCUCAAGCAAGUCAAAUAACAGCAUCUUACGACAGCAUACGACGAUGUCUUCACCGCUUCGCGCACGCCCUCGAUGCCGUUAUCGAGCCACGACUAGUCUUGAUGGAUGCCGGCUUGGAUCAAAAUGUCCUUGUUGUCAUGCAAGAAGCGGACAGCGAUAAUUUCGAUACGUCAGACAAUGAGUCUGGAGCGUCUGAGAAAUCGAAGGAGUCUGAUGGCAGCGACUCUUCAGGCAGUGCAGCUACCCAAUUAAAAGUAACUGGCCUCCGAGAAUGGAUCAAGCCGGUCUUCGGCGAUCCGCUGCUGAACAUCAGACUAAGUCAAACAAACUCGGAGCAUGUGGUACAUGGCUUUUCCACCCCCUUGGCAGACACGCUAGACGACAUGAAGGAAGUGUCCGAAAGUCUUUCUCAAAACCGCCAAUACGUUCAAAUGCGCCUGAAUCUCUACCGCGUGUACCACGCCCUGAACGCUAUCAGCGUCGAAUACAUAAGACGCGACGACGACAGCGAUCCUAGGGAGCUGCGGGCGCGCAAGGCACUUGUUGAAGCUGUCCGAGAGCUUGAGGCAUUGGACGAGGCCGAAGCAUCUAAAAGGCGCUGUCGGCUCAUAGAAGUGGUUCCAUCCAAAAGACAGAGAACUUUGAGCCCGUAA